AUGCCUGUUGUAACUCAUAAAGAGCCCCGGGUCAAGUACCAGACCGCCACGUUGAACGGCGUCAAGUACAACUACCUUGUCGCAGAGCCGGCCUCGGGAAACGUCGUCGGCACGAUCUUCCUCCUCCAUGGAUGGCCUGAUAUGUCCCUGGGGUGGCGCAACCAGAUUCCCCUCCUUCUCUCGAAGGGCCUCCGAGUUGUCGCUCCUGACAUGAUGGGCUAUGGCGGCACAGAUGCCCCGGAAGACGUCAAGUUUUACACCUACAAGCGCGCUUCAGACGAUGUCGCCGCCCUUGCCAGCCACCUCGGCCUCUCACGCAUCGUCCUCGGCGGACACGACUGGGGCGGUGCUGUUGCUUACCGUGCUGCUCUUUGGCACCCCGAGCUAAUCUCUGCAUUUUUCGUUAUUAGUACGCCCUUCACGCCGCCACGCAUUGCGUACGUCGACGAUGCCGCUACGUUACCCUCGCUACGUUAUCAGCUACAACUCCGUACCGAUAUCGUUCAGGAUUACAUUGGUUUGCCUUACGCGCAGAACGCCACGCGCGUACGCCAAAUCCUUAAUACUGCUUACGGUGUUACGCUUCCCGGCGGCGGGUCAGCACUGAACACGACCGGUGAAGGGCUGGCGUUUGAGCUCCUCGACGAAGUGACGGAUGACUCGCCGUUCUUGACCCCUCAGGAAAUGGCCUACUACGUCGAGAAUUUCGUUAGCGACCCGUUCAACAGAACGCUCAACUGGUACCGCAUCGGCGAGCCUAAUUGGAAUGACGAAUUGGCGCUCUUGCCGACCAAUGGCACGUUUACGGCCAAGUUCCCGCAGCCCGCGCUGUUUGUCGGUGGCUUACAGGAUCCGGCGUUGCCUCCUGAGCUGUCGGAGGGAAUGGACAUGUACUUCGACAGCCUUACCCGUCGUGAGGUGGACGGCGGUCACUGGGUGAUGCGGGAGAAGCCCGAGGAUGUGAACUCGUACAUUGGGAACUGGCUCGGUAGCUCGGUUUUAGGCAACCUAACCAUUGGCCUGAACCUGACGGCUGGAAGCGCGCUACUUCACUAA